AUUGCCGUCCCCUACUGGUGGGUCUCUCCCUCCAUCGGGACCCCUUGCACCUCAACCGAGGUCAGAAUCGGAUUGGUUUUUUAAAGGGGAGUCAUUCUCGGGAAUCGGCCAGCGUGAGAAUAUGACGGCCGCAGGCGACCCAGGAUAUACAACCAAACCCGAAGACCAUGCCCAGGAUGCCGCUCACCCCCCGCCAGCCACCCCGUGGUGGAGGCGCUGGGGACGUUCCCCGAGAGAGGAACCAGGGUUCGUCCCAGCCGAUGGAAGCUAUCGUUCCAAAUCUACGAUGGGCAUCCUCAGCGAUAAAGAAACCGACGAAGUGCCUGGCACCGUUCUCCUCCUUGCGUCUCAUCGCAACGAACCCCUCGGGCUGAGGCGCCGAGAGAAUCGUGGAUCGGCGACAUCCUUGCAGUCCGCCUAUUCGCGUGCCUCCUCCCGAUCCGCCGUACCGACGAAGAAGACGUCCGAUGGUCGGGUGAUCUUGGAUCCCCAGCCCGAUGAUUCGGGCAAUGAUCCCCUAAACUGGCCGGUCUGGCGCCGGGAUGCUGCUCUGAUCGCCCUGGGCUUUUACUCACUCAUGGGCGGCGGCAUGACCCCCGUUCUCGCCGCAGGGUUCCAGGAAGUCGCCACGACGUAUGAUGUGUCCACCCAGAAGGUCGCCUUCACGACGGGUCUGUAUAUGCUGGGGUUGGGUGUGGGCUCGGUGAUCAUGUCCCCAACGGCCAUCCUGUACGGUAAGCGUCCGGUCUACCUCCUGGGGGCCACGCUCUUCAUCAUUUCAGCCAUCUGGUGUGCCGUCUCCCCCAACUUCGCCAGCCUGGUGGUAGCCCGUGUGUUCCAAGGCAUCGCGGUGAGUCCUGUCGAGUGCCUGCCCUCGGCCACCAUUGCGGAGAUCUACUUCCUGCACGAGCGCGCCUACCGCGUGGGCAUCUACACCCUACUCUUGCUCGGAGGCAAGAACCUGGUCCCGCUGGUGAGCGCGGCCAUUAUCGGCAGGAUGGGCUGGCGCUGGGUGUUCUGGAUCGUCGCCAUGGUCGUGGGCGUCUGUCUGGCGAUGAUCUUCUUUUUCAUGCCAGAGACCUUCUGGGAUCGGACCCCGCGUCCUCGGCCCCGCAAACGGCCCUCCUUCUACCGCAGUGUGUCGGACGUUGUCACCCACGGAUUCCACGGGCGACCGCCGCAUACCCAGCGCCUCCCCGACUCGGCCCCGGAAGAGCCCUCGCGCUCGCCCUCGCCCGCCCACCAUGCUGACGGGGCCCACCACGUAGGGUUCGUCGAUGAGACGCUGGGUCCGACGCGGGAUGAAAAGGACGACCAUGGCCCAACGGAUGCGGACUCCAUUGCGCCGGCGCCUCUGCCCGUGGGGCCUCCGGGGGACCCAGAGAAAUCUGACGCAGACCGUCAUCCCCCACCCCUGGCUCACGGCAUGUCCCAUGCGGGGGAUCUCGAGGCAGCCCGACCAGCGGCCCCCUCGUCCACGCGCAGCGACUCGGUAGGGCCCGGGGCACCCCCGAUCACCACAAGCAUGCACUACACCAACCAGCUGCGGGAUCGGUCCCCCGUCCCGUUCGUGCAGUCGCUGCGACCGUGGCAGGGGCGGAUCUCGCAGGAUAGCUGGAUGCGGGCGGCUUACCGGCCCUUUGUGCUGUUCGCGUACCCGGCCGUGCUGUGGUCGGCUGCGGUGUACGCCCUGUCCGUGGGGUGGCUGAUCGUGGUGUCCGAGUCGGUCUCGCACAUCUUCCAAGGCCGGUCCCACUACCACUUCACCUCGCUGCAGACGGGUCUCGUCUAUAUCUCCCCCUUUGUGGGCGGCCUGCUGGGGACCGCCGUGGCCGGUCGGGUGUCGGACCUGAUCGUCACCGCUAUGACGCGGCGGAACGGAGGCGUUUAUGAGCCGGAGUUCCGGCUGGUGAUGGCGGUGCCAAUCGCGCUGUCGACGACCGCGGGACUGAUGGCGUUUGGCUGGAGUGCGGAGGAGGAGGACCCGUGGAUCGUGCCGACGGUGUUCUUCGGGCUGAUCUCAUUUGGCUGCUGUUUGGGAAGCACCACGGCCAUCACCUUUGUGGUGGAUAGUUACCGACAGUUUGCCGGGGAGGCGCUGGUGACGCUGAACUGGUGCAAGAAUGUAUUCCACGGCCUGGUAUUCUCGCUCUUCAUCGUCGACUGGCUGGACGCCCAGGGAUCACGGACAGUCUUCAUGGCGCUGGGGGGCAUCCAACUAGGGGCUUUAUUGUUUACAAUCCCAAUGUAUAUGUACGGCAAGCGUGCGCGGAUGUGGACGGUUCGACAGCGACUGAUGGAAAGGUUUUGAACCCUGCAACUAUGACGAUGUGGUCCGCACGGGACCGCAGGCAUCCAGUGUGGCGGUGUUCGAGGCGCCAGCCACGGGCCACUUUGCCGCGAAUCAGGGACUGAGAAUCUAGACCGGCCAUUUGGUGUCCGAUAGAUGGAGAGGGUCGAUCCUUGCGCGUUCCGGGAGGGUGGAUGCCCCGCCUG